AACCACCAAAUUAACAAACAAGUGGUAUGACUGAUGUUUAUUAGUAUCUCAUUACUAAAUGUAUUAUCAGGAUUCAAUUUGUGUUUAAAUUUAGGCUAAAAAUUGAAUUAAAUCAUGUUUCAAAACGCUGGAGGAAAUGAUUUUGGUGGAGGAUUUGGAGGUGGCUUUGGUGGGGGUGGAGGAUUCUCAUCUCCUGCUGCCGGUGGUGAUAAACAAAAAAAAUUUCGAUUCCACAACAUUGUCCCCAUAUUUGCUUCUCACUUGAAAGAAAUCGUGUCCGACGACUCUGGAUUCAAACUGGGCAACACUGAAGUAAGCCAGGUCACAUUGGUGGGAACUGUAAUUCAAGUUGAGCACAGCCAGACAUGCAACACUUACAAAGUGGACGAUACAACUGGGUUUGUCACAGUUAAGCACUGGAAUUCUUUCACUGAGGAUGAAGAUGCGCCAGUUAAUGAAGAUGUUUUUGAAGAGGGCACGCCAGUGAGGGUCUUUGGUCAAAUGAGAGUUUUUCAGAAAAACAUCACUCUGAAUGGUUUGCAUGUCAGAAAAGUUGAAGAUUUAAAUGAAAUUACAGUUCAUAUGUUGGAGGUUAUGCACUUCAAACUCGCUACAGAUGCUAAGAAAAAGGGCUUUGACAUGGGACCUACGUCAAGUGGAUUUCAGGGCAAUGUUUCAAAUAAUGAUCAGUCAAUGGACCUGGGAAUGGAUUCUGUGCAAACUCAGGUUUGGAAGCUUAUUCAAUCAGCUACAGAUGACGAUGGCAUAAGUAUCACUAAUAUUCGGUCUAGUUUGAAAGGUUUAAAUAUCAACCAAAUCAAAAAAGCUGUGGAUUUCCUGUGCAAUGAAGGCCAUAUUUACUCAACGAUUGAUGACGACCAUUUCAAAACUACAAGCUUCUGAAAACAGCUUUCACCAUUUUUAUAUGAACGUCUCUCAAGGCCAAAUUAUGUUCAACAUUAUUGCAUUUACUAUUUUGUGCCCUGGUUCACAGGUUCUUCUAUUUUGUCUUUAGUUCGAAGCCAAAUCUUGUUUUAAACAUUAAAAAGUCUCUGCUUCAUUUGUGUUUCAGCUGUACAACAACUGUGUCCUCUUAUUUUAAAAUACCUAAUCUCCANCAAUCAUAUUUUAGUUCCAAUAUCACUUUCCUAUUCAUGGGAAAUCUACUUUUGUUUCAAACCCAAAAGCUCAACUGGUUGUCUAGUUUUAAUCAAUUUAAAAACUCCCCCUACCGUAGUUCCAAUAAAGACUACUAACUGCAUCCAAGUAAAAAAUUCUACUUUUGUUUCAAAUUAAAACCGCUCAAACUGGUGGUCUAUUUUUAUUUAAAAUAAACCCCCACUUGCAUCCAUGUGACAUUAUUAUACAGGUGUUUCAGACUCCUAAAAUUAGGUUAUCUACUUUUUCACUAAAUCUUAAGUUCCCAGAUCACUGCCUAUUCACCAAAACUGUUAGUUAAAAAUACUAUCAUGCAGUCGAAACAAAAAUAAACGUCUGUGCACUG